CUUUAUAGUGAGCGCGUAAGUCCGACUGCAAGAUGACGCGCGUAACACGCAGUGAUAUUUCUCUCGAUUUGGAGUGUAUCGUAGAGGAGCUCUCGCCGGCACAGCUUUCGUACUUUGAAAAUAUAAGUAAAGAACAUAACGCCGUCAAAAACGCGCUCAAAAAUGCUGUCAGCGCCAACGAAGGCAAAGAGCUUUUCAACGGGCAGGUAUUUCAGGCGUUUUCGUUCAAAGGUAAAGUUCUGCAAGAGAUCAAGGAAGCGGCGUUGCCUAAAAAACCACCCAAGCCGGCAGAUCCGCCACCGGCUAGUACUACUGGCGGCACUGGUGGUGGUCGCGGACGGCGGCGUGCCUCGAACAUAGCUUAUUUAGAAUCAUCAGAUGAGGGUGAUGAUGAUGUGCCAUUAGCCAAACGCUUGGCCUUGUCGGUAGGAAAAAAGAUUGUGGGUGCGACGCCUGCCACACCAGGUAGGCCAAAACUGGACAAAAAGGGUGCAGCAACAGCAGGUGCCACUGCCAUUGGUAGCAGUGGCAAAGCGUCGCCUCAGCUCAAGGCCGGAAAGGGCGCAGGAGUUGGUGCAAAGGGAGCGUCGAAAGAGCCCGAAUCGCCUCCCAAAAAUUUGCGGCCUUCUGAAGUCAAUUCUGUUGGAGGACUUGUUGUGGGCUCCGAUGACGGAAAGGAUGGUAAAGAUGGCAAAGACAGCGCCAAGGACUCGAAGAUGCAGGGUAAAACGUAUCCCUCGUUGGUCGUGUUGGCUAAGCCUUUUCUCAAGGUCAAGGAUAUGGCGGCCACGCGCAGCAAACUAGACUCGAAGGUAAAACUGGUGCUCAUGUUGACGCCGAAUAAAUUCUGUGAGUGGCUGCUGCAAGAGGGCCUCUUGCGUGCCCAACAGCACUGCAUCAAUCAUCGCAACAAUGAGUUGAAAUUGGGCGUUUACUCUGAUGUAUCCAAGUUUCCAUAUACCGGCGGCUAUGUGUGGAUCAGUGAAUGCUGUCCUUAUCGUUUUGUCUCCGUCUUUAAUAAUUCUAUUUUCGAGGGUGCUCAGCAUCCACCCACUUUUUUGCUAAAACUCAUCUACCACUGGGCAUGUCAGACAAGUAUUCAAAACGUGGUGCAGUGGGUUAAGGUGGAUAGUGUGUAUAUCAAGGGUAUAUACACUUGGUUGCGCGCAAUUUGCACAUUAGCCGUGCAUCAGAAAUGCAAAAAACUGGGUGGUCCCGGUAAAUUUGUCGAAGUCGGCGUAAUUUCGCUGGGUACCACUUCACAGGAUGGUGCACAGCGUCAGGUUAAGGUGGAGGUAUUGGGCGUCUAUGACUAUGCGGAUAAGUCUAUACGGCUGCGUGCUGUGGAGCCCAUUACUGAUGGGGACCGAAAUUAUAAGAAACGCUUCCAAGCAAUACUCGAACCGCUAUCCCGUUGGGUCCAUAAGGACAGUACCAUUUGCAUUGAUUUGACUGUGGACAAGAUUACGCUAUUUGGUAUGGGAUUUAAGAAUAUUGUUCAGGCAGCAGCUACGGAUAAUACGGCGAAGCAUAACAAUUCCGCGGUCAUGGAGUAUCUUCGUCGCAUUGUGCCGCGCAUGUUCCAGAACACAUUGUCACUGCUCUCGCGGCAAAUGAUACAGCAGUUUCUUGACGAGCUUGUAUGGCGCGAGGCUUUUGGCACUUACGCACUGCAGGCAUUCAAUAACAUCAUCAUACACAUUGCCGAGCAGACGCGUUUUAUCACAAACGAGACCAUAACCCAACGCCUAUAUCAGGUUGCUACCAAUCCGUUUAAGGAUUGGAGCGUGCUACCGCCCAACUACAAGGAGACGCCAGCGAGCACAACGCCAAAGCGCCUCAAGAAACCUAUUUCCGACGCUGAUUACAUGAGUUCUGGCAAGGAAACGACUUCAAAACCGGUCAAAAAAGAGAAGGAACGCGAAAAGGAGCAAAUUGUUUUGCCUGCUGGUAGCAAGCGCCGCGGAGCCAACAUACCACCACCAGCCCCUCCAUCGAGUAAGAGCGUUGUAAAAGCCUCGACUACUAAAGGAAAUACAAAGGGAACUGCGGCAAAGGCUACAGUGGCGGCAGCUUCAGCUGCUCGGGUACUUCUGAGUAAAAAGGCAAAGGAAGUCGAAAGCAAACCCCAAGUGGUUAUUAAAAAGGAAGAGGAUGAAUUAAAGGGGCUGGAGGAGUUAUACUACGGCGUCAGCGAUGGCAUGGAUGAGUUCUUCGAGCUCUUCCCUUACUCCACGCCGCGUUCGACUCAAAGCGGUGUGGUGGCAAAAAAUGUCGACUGUCCCAUUUGUCUGACCGAGCAUUUUGAUUCGAAUGAAAAGCUACAAACUCAUCUUGUUUCCCAUAUUUCACCUGAAGGCAAGCAGCAUCAGUUCCAGUGUUUGUUUUGCUUGGAAAAGCAUGCCACGGAAUCUGUUUUGGCGAAGCACAAUCAAAUAAUGCACCCCACUGAAACGAAGACGGAUGGUUCGCCCUCCUACUAUUGUCUAAUUUGUCAGCAGCGUCAUAAUUCUUUGCAUUUACUGACGGGACAUUUGCAAAAGAUUCAUAGCACAUUGGAGCUGCCUUAUUGGUGUCAGGCCUGUGGAUACCGCUCUUCCUCGCAUCGUGAUUUAGUGCGACACUUUUACGACGAUCAUAAGCGGCAAAACUUUUUGCAGUGUCCCUAUUGUUUGGAUAUUUUUUACUUCUCGCAUCAUGGCAAGCUGAAUUCUCUUCGGAUUGAGCAUUACUUUAUGCAUCUGUAUGAUCAUGUGAAUAAACAUGAUAAUUCAUUGCGAUGCCAGAAAUGCUCAUUAAGCUUCCUGGAGAAGGGUGAUCUGAAGCAGCACACAGUUCAGCAUCACAUAAGCAUGACGAAGACAAAUAAACCCGUGCGUAUGUUGUUGAACAAUUCGCUUUUGAUACCACCGCCGAAGGUGAAGACUCAUCAUCGGGAGCAGCCGCCGUUUACGCAAUAUAGAAAGCCCGUUUUCUUUGCCUUCCUUGAGGGCAAAACGUGUGCCGAGUGCAAUUCAGACUUUGCCAGCGAGGAGACUCACUUCACCGGGUGGUUAAAGUGUGUCAAAUGCAACUAUCAGACGUGCUGCGAACGCGCCCAAUUCCGUCAUGGGGUUGACUGCAAUGGAAACUUCGUGGAUGCCAUGGAGGUGAACAUGCCGCAGGAGAUGCAUUGCAUUUGUGGUUUUGCCACCGGCAAUGGUAACAAGAUGGCACAGCAUUUGGCCGGCUGUGGCCUGAGCACAUGUUAUAGUAGCGUGGAGGCUGCCAGCGAGAAUGCUGUGAAGCGUAAUAUGUUGGACAUGUUGGGUCUGGUGCGACGCGAUGGUGAAGCACCCGGCGAGGGCGGGGAGGUUCCUGCUGAUGAGCCACUUGACGAGAAUAACGAUAUGUCACCUGUAACCGAGCAGCAACAGCCCAUGCAGCAGCAACCGCAAGCAGAACAACAAGAAGAGGAACCCCAGCAAGAUGAUCUGCAGCAAUAUAUGACGGCUGAACAGGAAGAUCAACCAGAGCCGGUUCAACAAACUACACUUACACAUCUGGCCACAUCCAGUGUGGAUUCCGAAGCUGUUGAUGCGAACGAUCAAAUGUCCGCUGAUGACAUUGUCGUCCAGCAGGCACCGAUACAAUUUGGCGAGCUGGAAGCAGCGCCCGUGCUGCUUGAUCCCCAGCAAGCACAAUCGGCUGACUAUGCGCAAGUAUCCGUGGUACAACAGCACCAGUCCCAACAGUCCUAUGGCUUGGGCUAUAGCCAAAGUGCGCUAUCUACCGACAUUGAUAUGCCACUCAUUGGUGAAUUGACGGAGCCAAAUGCACCACCCACACCGCAAUUUCUGGGCGAAGUCCACACCCCCAUGUUUGAUGCCGUGGCAGCCGCUGAGCAGCAGCAUUACCAUCACUCCCAACACCAUGGACAAUGAUAUAAAACGACACAGCAGCCGCAACAGGCGCGGGGCCGUAUGAAACCGCGCGAUUAUACUUUGCACUGGCAGAAUUACUAGCUACAUGCAAUUUACAGGUAGGCAGUUUAUCUUAUACUUUUUAUUGCGUUUAUUCAAAGUAUAAAUUUUGCUGAAUUUAAGUUUGUAAAUUUUACAAAUCGCAAACAAUGGGGCAAUAUUCGGUUUAAAAAGUAGUACACCAGUGUUGGAGGAGAUUAGUUUAUAACGGCUUACAUUGUUCGAUUAGUGAAAUAGGAAACUAUUAAUUUGUAUUCAUUGAAGUAAAAUUCUCCCGAUAUCAUUUGUCAUUCUCCAUGUCUCUCCAUACCAUUGCUACGUCUGUUAAAACUUAGCAUAAGUCAGUUGUAAAAGUGAAGCCCCAGAAUAAAGACCUAAACGUA